AAGAGAAAGCGAGAAACGAAGGCGUAUUUUAUUAAAGCUUGGGACGAAUUAGGAGGGGCUAAAAUGCGCCCACAGUUAACGUCACCUGACGCCCAUUGUAUUGCUUCUCCUUCUUCUUGUGCAUUUUCAGCGAGUGAUCGGAGGUUGAACGCUCUGGCGAGACACCUUGUCGACGCAUCGGUUGUGAUGGACACUCAGAACCCUAACGACACCGUUUCUGCCUCUCCCACCUCCGGCUUCCAUGUCGAUUCCGUUUUCGCUCACGUUGUUCGUGCUCCCGAAGAUCCCAUCCUCGGGGUGACUGUUGCAUAUAACAAAGAUCCAAGCCCGGUUAAGCUGAAUUUGGGUGUUGGCGCUUACCGAACCGAGGAAGGAAAGCCUCUUGUUCUGAAGGUAGUGAGGCAAGCAGAGCAGCAGCUUGUUAAUGACAGGGCACGCGUGAAGGAAUAUCUUCCUAUUGUUGGACUUGCAGAAUUCAAUAAAUUGAGUGCUAAGCUUAUUCUUGGUGCUGACAGCCCUGCUAUUCAGGAGAACAGGGUAACCACUGUUCAAUGCUUGUCUGGUACUGGCUCAUUGAGAGUUGGAGGCGAAUUUUUGGGAAGACAUUACCAUCAACGCACAAUAUACAUUCCCCAGCCAACAUGGGGAAACCACCCAAAAAUCUUCACUCUGGCAGGUCUAUCUGUGAAAACUUACCGAUAUUAUGAUCCAGCAACACGUGGGCUGAACUUCCAAGGCCUCCUAGAAGACCUUGGUUCUGCCCCAUCUGGAGCUAUUGUGCUGUUUCAUGCAUGUGCACACAACCCCACCGGUGUUGAUCCAACAGUUCAGCAGUGGGAGCAGAUCAGGCAGCUGAUGAGAUCAAAAGCAUUAUUGCCUUUCUUUGACAGUGCAUAUCAGGGUUUUGCAAGUGGAAGUCUGGAUGUAGAUGCACAGUCUGUUCGUAUGUUUGUUGCCGAUGGUGGUGAAUGCCUUGUUGCUCAGAGUUAUGCCAAGAACAUGGGACUCUACGGAGAACGAGUUGGUGCCUUGAGCAUAGUCUGCAAGACUGCUGAUAUUGCAAGCAGGGUUGAAAGCCAGCUGAAACUUGUAAUCAGGCCUAUGUAUUCAAACCCACCCAUUCAUGGUGCAUCUAUUGUGGCUACCAUCCUCAAGGACAGGGACAUGUACAAUGAAUGGACUAUUGAGUUGAAGGCAAUGGCUGACCGUAUUAUCAGCAUGCGCCAUCAACUUUUUGAUGCCUUACGUGCUAGAGGUACACCUGGGGACUGGAGUCAUAUUAUUAAGCAGAUUGGAAUGUUUACUUUCACGGGAUUGAACUCAGAACAAGUUGCUUUCAUGACUAAAGAGUACCAUAUAUACAUGACAUCUGACGGGAGGAUUAGCAUGGCAGGUCUGAGCUCUAAGACCGUCCCUCAUCUUACGGAUGCAAUUCAUGCAGCUGUAACUCGUGUUGCCUGAGUAUAUUAUAGGCAACAUUCUUCUAGUGAGACUCUCUAAGGUCUUGCCAUAUCCCCCGUCUACUCUUUAUAUUUAACUAUUUUGUUUCAAUAAUUGCCCUCUAAGUACUGAGGGGUUGAAAGAUGGUGGUGUUUGAUAAUUGAGGAUUGUCGAAGAGAUUUGGUUUUAAUCUUUAGAAAUUUUGGACAAGUUAUUUUUAGAGCUUGUAUGAGAAAGAUCUUGCUUCUGGAA